AUGUCCCUUCCCACGCGCAAGAUUGGCAAUACGGACGUUUCGUCUAUCGGCUACGGUGCAAUGGGCAUCGCAGCGUUUUACGGGCAAGUGCAGAGCGAUGAUGAGCGCUUGAAGCUGCUCGACGCGGUAUAUGAAUCGGGCUGUACCAACUGGGAUACUGCAGACGUGUAUGGCGACUCUGAAGAGCUCAUUGGCAAGUGGUUCAAGCGGACUGGCAAACGCAACGAGAUCUUCCUCGCCACGAAGUUCGGUAUCACUCGAGGACAGGCCAAAACCGUCACCGGAGACCCGGAGUAUGUCAAGGCAGCAUGUGAGAAGAGUCUGAAGCGUCUCGGCGUCGACCAGAUUGAUUUGUACUACCUGCACCGCGCCGACCAGACCGUACCGAUUGAGAAGACGGUUGGUGCAAUGGCCGAGCUGGUCAAGGAGGGAAAGAUCAAGUACAUCGGUCUGUCGGAGGUAUCGGAGAAGACCCUCCGGCGCGCACAUGCCGUGCAUCCCAUCGCGGCGCUACAGAUCGAAUACUCUCCCUUCGUCCUCGACAUUGAGCGCUCUGACGUCGGACUGCUCUCUGCGUGUCGCGAGCUCGGCGUCGCGGUCGUUGCGUACUCCCCCCUCGGUCGCGGCCUGCUCACGGGUCGUUACAAGAGUCCCGACGACUUCGAGGAAGGCGACUUCCGGCGCACAGUGCCCAAGUACAGCCGCGAAAACUUCCCGAACAUCCUCAAGGUCGUCGACGAGAUCAAGGCAGUCGGCGACGCGCACGGCGCUCCCCCGAGUACUACGACGCUUGCAUGGUUGCUUGCUCAAAGCGACAACAUUAUCCCCAUUCCCGGUACACGUAGUGUCAAGUAUUUGCAUGAGAACGUGGCUGCAGCCAAAUUGCAGCUGAAGCCGGAAGAGGUGAAGGCCCUGCAUGACAUUGCAGAACGAGCAGAGAAGACGGUGCAAGGUGACCGGUACGGUCAAGGCAGCAUGGAGUUUGUCCUUGCAGACACGCCGGACCUGUAG